CAUGUCUCCUCGUGAUGACAGCGAAUGACAGUCCUGUUUAGCCGCAGCCUGUGUUAAACCGCUAACCGCCAACAAACUGUUCUUCUGACCUGACAAGUCUAAUGACCAGCCGUGUUUAGAGACUCCGGGAAUAACCUGCAGAGGCCAGUUACAUUUGCCAUUUCGUUCUCGGUCUGCGUGAGCCCGUGAAGAUGGUGAAGCCAGACAUCCACACUCUGGCCCACCACCUAAAGCAGGAGCGGCUGUACGUGGCAUCGGAGAAGCAGCUGAUCCAGAGGCUCAACAGCGAUGUGCUAAAGACGGCCGAGAGGCUGUACCGAGCGGCCUGGAUCGCCAAGCAGCAGAGGAUCAACCUCGAUCGGCUCAUUCUCACCAGUGUGGAGGCCUCUCCAGCUGAGUGCUGCCAACAUGCCAAGAUGCUGGAAGAUACGCAGUUCAUCGACGGCUACAAGACUCUGGGUUUCCAGGAGACGAUCUAUGGCGAGUUCUUGGCCAGGCUGAGGGAAAACCCCAGACUUGUUGCAUCCUGCCUUGUGGCAGGAGAAAGACUUAACCAGGAGCACACCCAGGGCGUCAUCCAUAACGUCUUCACCUCACUUUAUGGCAACUGUAUCAUGCAGGAGGAUGAGAGCUACCUGUUGCAGGUGUUGCGAUACCUGGUAGAAUUUGAGCUGAAGGAGAAUGACAACCCCCGCCGCCUUCUGCGACGUGGAACCUGUGCCUUCAGCAUCCUUUUCAAACUCUUCUCAGAGGGCCUGUACUCGGCCAAGCUCUUCCUCACCGCCACCCUUCACGAACCCAUAAUGCAACUGCUGGUGGAGGAUGAGGAUCACCUGGAGACUGACCCGGCCAAGGUGACGGAGCGCCUCACCCCGGCCCAACAGGAACGCUUCGGGGAGAAAGGCUCUGAGGACUACAAGCAGAGAGUUCAGGCAGCUGUGGAGACCAACGAAGCCAAGCUGGUUGCCUUGGUGAACAAGUUCAUUGGUUACCUGAAGCAGAACACCUACUGCUUCCCUCACAGCCUGCGCUGGAUCGUGUCCCAGAUGUACAAGACUCUGUCGUGUGUGGAGCGACUCGAGGUGGGUGAGGUGCGCACCAUGUGCACCGACCUCCUGCUGACCUGUUUCAUUUGCCCGGCUAUAGUCAACCCAGAACAGUACGGCAUUAUCUCGGAUGCACCCAUCAAUGAAGUGGCUCGUUUUAAUCUCAUGCAGGUGGGGCAGCUUUUGCAGCAGCUAGCCAUGGCCGAUGAUGAUAUAGACCCCAGGAAGAAAAGCAGUUUGUCUAAGUUUGAUAAGAGUUGUGUUGCCGCUUUUCUGGAUGUGGUGAUUGGAGGACGAGCAGUUGAGACCCCGCCCAUGUCCUCCAUGAAUCUCCUCGAAGGGCUCAGUAGAACUGCAGUCUAUAUUACUCAUAGUCAGUUGCUUGCACUGGUGGACUUUGUUCGGAGCGUAAUGGCAGGUGACCACCUUCGAGAAGAGGAUCACAUGGCCCUGGAGACUUUGCUGGCUAACGUUCCCCAUUCUCGAACCGUGAAGAGCAACAGUUUGGAGCUUACUCCUUCCAACACCCCUCAGCUUUCCCCAGCUACAACCCCUGCCAACAAGAAGAACAGAUUACCCAUAGGACAACAUUUAGCCGCUAUAACAUCCUGGGACCCCUCAACCACCACUCUGUCUGCUCACAUUCCAUUAGUAACCCCUUUUGCAGCUGCUCGCAGCCGUAGCCGUACCAACAUAGCCCAGGAGGGGGAGGCAGAGGCCAGCUCCCAGGAGUCCUUGCAAGAGCUGAUGCCAGAGGAGGUGCUAGUAAUUUCAUUCGGAACUGGUCCUCAAACUGUCCCUGGGAUGAUGUCAGAGAAUGAGGUUUUGAACUUGCAGAUGGCUGAUGGGCCCCAGGGGGACGGCCCGGCUGACGAUACUAAGCUGCAUGGUAAACCAGACAAAACCCUGCGCUUCUCGCUGUGCAGCGACAACUUGGAAGGAAUCUCAGAGGGACCAUCCAAUCGUUCCAACUCUGUGUCCUCACUGGACCUGGAGGGAGAGUCUGUUUCCGAGUUGGGAGCCGGACCUUCGGGGAGCAACGGCGUAGAAGCGCUGCAGCUCUUGGAGCACGAACAGGCUACCACACAGGACAACCUGGAUGACAAAUUGCGCAAGUUCGAGAUCAGAGACAUGAUGGGUCUGACGGAUGACCGGGACAUCUCCGAGACGGUCAGUGAAACCUGGAGCACUGACGUCCUUGGCAGCGACUUUGACCCAAAUAUGGAUGAAGAUCGACUGCAGGAAAUAGCAGGAGCAGCAGCGGAGAACAUGCUCGGCAGCCUGCUGUGCCUUCCCGGCUCCAGCUCGGUUCUGCUGGACCCCUACGGCUCCACCAUGUCAGAGACCACCAGCGAGGCCUGGAGCGUGGAGGUCCUUCCAAGUGACUCAGAAGCCCCAGACCUGAAGCAGGAGGAGCGUCUGCAGGAGCUGGAGAGCUGCUCUGGCGUUGGCAGCACCUCUGAUGACACCGAGGUCAGAGAAGUCAGCUCAAGACCCAGCACACCAGGCCUCAGUGUUGUCUCAGGUAUCAGUGCGACCUCAGAAGACAUCCCAAACAAGAUCGAGGACCUGCGGUCAGAGUGUAGCUCAGAUUUUGGCGGAAAGGACUCCGUGACCAGUCCGGAUGGCGAGGAGUCGGGUCAUGGAGCCCACCAUCUGACAUCCCCGCCUUCACAGGUCGAUUCUUUGCUCGCCAUGUUUGAUCCACUCUCCUCUGGUGAAGGCUCCUCCACAGGGACAAUAGUUCGGCCGAAGGUGCACUACGCCAGGCCCACUCAUCCUCCCCCUGACCCUCCCAUCCCUGAGGCCAGUGCCAUGGGCCCGGACAUACGGCACUCCAUUUGCACAGCUCAGUGCUUGGCCCAGGCUGAGCUCGAGCAAUCAAAGCAGCGCCAUUCCUUCCCCGACAGACUGGUCCGCAGUCGCAGUUCUGACAUCGUGUGCCCGGGCCGCCGGCCCACAAGCGACCCCGGCCUUAACAGGCGGGUGGCGGUUGAAGAGCGUGACCCUCCCGGAGCUUUUGCCGCCGGACCUUCCUCUUCGCCGAGCAAGGACUCCCUGAAAGGAGAGGUGGAAGACAGAAAAGACAGCGACGAUGAGAAAUCUGAUCGCAACAGACCCUGGUGGAAGAAACGUUUUGUGUCAGCCAUUCCCAAAGUGCUGUAUUGGACGGCUGAGAGUGACGUCCCAGCGCCAAUGACGGCGUUCAGGAAGAAGGACAAACAUGAGAAGGAAGAUGCUGCACAGGAUCGUGUCCCACAAGAUGACCCAGUGCCAAGACAGAACACUCAAGCCCAGGCAGCAGAGGACAUCCUGGACAAGUACAGGAACAUCAAGAGGACCAGCCCGAGUGAUGGAGCCACCGGAGGAGCCUCUUAUGAUGGAUCAGGAGAGCUGUGUGUGGAGGACAAUGUGAAUGACCCUCCCAGAGAAGAUGGUCUGCAAAACAUUUCUGCAGAUGAUCUGCCAGACUCAGCCAGCCAGACGGCACAGCAGCACGAUUCCAAAUUCUCUUUCAGCGAUGCAAAGAAGAAGCUGAGGUUGGCUUUGUGCUCUGCAGACUCUGUAGCUCUCCCCAUCAUGGCGCCAACAACAACGCGUAACGGACUGCCUGAUCACAUGGAUCCUGAAGACAAUGAGAUCGUCUGCUUCCUGAAGGUCCAGCUGGCGGAGGCCAUCAACCUUCAGGAUAAGAACCAGAUGGCCCAGAUUCAGGAGACCACACGCUGCGUCAGCCGUUUUGAUGCACGCACCUGCAGGAAGCUGCUUGCCGCCAUCGCGGAAGAUUACAGGAAGCGGGCUCCGUACAUAGCCUACCUGACCCGGUGCCGCCAGGGUCUGCAGACAUCUCAGGCCCACUUGGAGAGGCUCCUGCAGAGGGUGCUGAGAGACAAGGAGGUGGCAAACCGCUACUUCACCACCGUCUGCGUUCGCCUCCUCCUCGAACAUAUGGAGACAAAGAUGCUCGAGUUCAUUAAAGCUUUCCAGGGGUGCACAGCAGCUGAUGACAAGACUGCAGCAGUGGAGGAUUUUCUGCGCUACUUGUACGGUGCCAUGGCCCGUGAUGCCAUUUGGCAGUAUGCAAGCGAGGACCAGCUGCAGGAUGCCCAGAUGGCUAUCGAGCGCAGCGUUAUGAACCGCAUCUUCAAACUGGCCUUCUACCCCAAUCAGGAUGGAGAUAUUCUCAGAGACCAGCUGUUCCAUGAACACAUCCAGCGGCUUUCAAAAGUUGUGACGGCAAAUCACAAAGCUCUGCAGAUCCCAGAGGUUUACCUUAAAGAGGCUCCCUGGCCUUCAGCUCAGGCUGAGAUCAGGACUAUCAACGCAUACAAGACCCCACGAGACAAAGUCCAGUGCAUACUGCGUAUGUGCUCCACCAUCAUGAAUCUGCUGAGUCUAGCCAACGAGGACUCGGUGCCAGGAGCAGACGACUUCGUCCCAGUCCUCGUCUUUGUCCUCAUAAGAGCAAACCCUCCCUGCCUGCUGUCCACCGUUCAGUACAUCAAUAAUUUCUACGCCAGCCGGCUGAGUGGGGAGGAGUGCUAUUGGUGGAUGCAGUUCACCGCUGCGGUGGAAUUCAUUAAGACCAUCGACGAUCGCAAGUGAAGCAGAACAGCCACCUGUACGGGCAGACUGCGGGGGAAGGAGCCGGGAGACUGGGAGACUUCCCAACCAACUGCUCCCUCUGCACAGCUUCAGAAAUCCUGGCUCUCAUCCCUGCUCCGAAUUUGUAUAGCUUGUACAUAGCCAGAGACGUUGAUAGAUAACAAAAUAUAUAUUACUGUACGUAUGUGGAGAAAUCCAGAUUUUAGCCACGGCGGGGGCGCAAAAUUUGGCAACAAAAGUGCUGAAUCUGAUUAAAAAAAAUUUUCCUUGUAUUCUUUUAGUUUUUAGUUUUUUUUUUUUUUUUUGGUGGGUGGGUAUCUGUUAGGAAUUUUAUGUAUUCACAAUUGAUAAUAUGAGAUUAAAUCAAUGUAAAAAUAUAAUCUUAUCUAAAGGGACCAGAUUUCCUAGGUGACGAUCGCUGUUCUUUUGUUUUUCACCCAGGUCUGAGGGAUGGGCCUGCAAAUUAAUGUCAUUGUAAUGUUUAUUAAUAGCAUUUUGUUGCAGGGAGGGUGGGGAUUUCACAGUUAUAGCUGCUGAUGGGAUACAGUGAGAUCAGUACACAUUUAACCAUACUCUCAUAAAGUUUUCAACAGUCGGGCAGCUUAUUUCAGGAAUUGUUUACUUCAAUCUUUUCCCAAAAUUUAACUAAUUUGAACAGACGGGGCCUACAUAUGUGUAACAACUUCAAGGUAUUUAUACGUGUUGCUCUAUUUAAUGCUUUGUCUAACUUUAAGAAAAAAAAAUAACAAUGCAUAUCAUGUCUGAGGUUAUAAUAAACUCGUUUUUGAAAUGCUUGAGACAGGAAGGCACCUUAGCAGGGCGAUUAAGAUGUACAGGGUUAACUCAUGCACAGAGCAACAGUGGCAUUUAUGGAUAUACUGAAAUAGUGCCUUUGAUGUGGGGUGCUCUGUACAGGUUUUUCAUUUGUUUGUUAAUCCAAAAUAGGCACUGUCCCCCAUCCACAUGCACACUCCAUUGGGCCACUGAAGAUCCCUUUAUGUCCCUCUGCUGGAACACGGGCAUCGCCACACUUCUCACCGUCACGGCUCAGACGUGUAGUGUUUUUUUUUGUUUUUUUUUAAAGCACCUGAGCGGGAACAAAACAAAAUAAUAAUUUUAAAAAUCCCAACCUACCUCAGAGUUGUACCCAAUGAGCCUAAAAUCAGAUUAAUUGUCCUGCAUUAAUUGACAAAAAAGUGCUGGAUCACCUUUACACUGGUUUAAAAAAAAAAGAAGAUGAUGAAUAUAGAAGAGAAGUUGAAUAUUUAAUUGAACUACUGUGAUAUCUGUUGUGCCAUCGUCUCUCUUUAUCAAAGCAGCCUUUUUUGUUGAUGGCAUUGUAGUAAGUUUUGUAAUGUUAUACCUGAGAUUCCCACGAUUCCAUGUGGAAACCAUUUUGGCCGUCUACCUCCUUAUGAGUUCUACAAAAGGGACUUGUAUUUAUGUGCGCUUGUUUCUUUCUUUUCUUUUUUUUUUUGUCUUCCCCAGUUACGGUGCAUUGUGAUGGCUCAGUAUCAUUGUUUUUUUUUUUCCUCGUUUUGGUUUAAGCAUGCCAUUAACUAUCCAAAAAUGACUUUUUUUCCCCCUUCCCCUUUAAAUCCUGCUUCAUUUUUCUGCACGGUUGUGACACAUGUAUUAUAGUUUUCAACGAUCCAUUUCUUUUCACAGUUAAUGACCUGCCAGCACAGUACACAAUAUGAUAAAGAUCCAAAAACAAGAAAACAAUCAACACUAUUGACUUGUUACUGACUUUUGAGUUGACUCUAAAGUGAUUGGUGUAGGUGUGAGAGGCUUGUGCGACCUGUUGACCCUGUGCCUCCUCUUGCAUGAAGUCAUCGGACGGUCUGCGCAUCCUCAGUCGUCAUAAACCGUAGAAUAGGAUUAGUGCCACAGACCUGCAGCUGAACCUGCAGAAGGAUGCAAAGCUUUCUUUUUGUGAUACAUGCAUAUCAGAAAAACUGUAUAUUUUGCACAAAACUUGUUUUCUUGGAAGAUUCGACAGGGAGCAGUGCAUUUUAUUUUAAUUUUUUGCCUUUAACCUUGAACGCAACUAAUGUGAUUAAAAUGAAUAGCAAUGUUACAACAUCUCAUUGAUUUCUGUUUCAAGCUGAUGAACAAGUAAUGGGCAACUUCACAACCUAACUUUCUGUUUUUUUUGUUGUUUUUUUCUUUUCCCCCCCCCUCUUUUCUUAACACACGUCCUCAACAGCACACAAGCGGGUUCUCUGUGUGCGCGCGGUGCACUUCCUCGCAGUCAGAGUAAUGAAUCCGAUGAGAAAACCACGCACUGGAAAAUCAAGUUGCAGGUUGCAUCUAUACUACUUAGCUUUAUGUGAUGUCACUUUAAUUGGGGAAUACAUACUCCACAGAUCGGAUCAAAUUACUCGGACCCGGCCUUGUGUGUCAGCGUGUCCUCAGACAGCCAAUUGCGGCAACAGUACUCAUGGAGAAAACAAAUUAUUGUGCAAAAAAAAAAAAAAAACUUUCUGCAAAUGAAAUUGAAGUCUUCAUUGUAAGCAACCAAACGGUCUAAAGAGUUUGUGUCAGAGCUCUCCUCCUCCGCUCCCUGAACCACUGAGAGUUUUAAAUUUUGCAUCCGAUUAGUAAGUUUAUUUUAAGCUUGCGCAACUCUGACAUGCGGGAAAGGCCAGUUUGUCUUUACUGUGAUUAAUGCAUUAUGUAAUUCUUUAAAAAAUAAAUAAAAGAUGCAGACAUUUUC